AUGCUUAUGGUUGGAAUGUAUGGUCUGUUUCAAAUAUGCAGAUCGGAUGUUCCAUGCAUUUCUCAUUUUUCAACAUCAACAUUUAUUGUUUGUUUUUUAGAUGAUCGUCAAUUCAUUACACCUUUAUUAAUAUUUGUUGGUUGUAUAUUAAUGACUCCUGGCUUAGUUCAUUAUGCUUCAUUAAGUGUUCUUAAUCAUCAUUCUUCACGUACAAUGAUUGCUGUUAUUGUAUUUACUUAUGCAGCUUUACCUAUAUCAGCUUUUGUUACUGGACGAUCUUCAGCAUUGGGACGAUGUGUUUUGAUUAAUAAUGAACAUCAUGAUAUUCAAAAGUAUUCAACUACCAAUGGUAAUGGUCUUUGA